UGACCAGACUCUCAAUCGAUCAAUUUCUCAAAUCAUCUUCAAAAAUCACCUCCGGCAAACAAUGGAUCCCCUACCAACAUCACCUCGGAUCUGGAUACGGAGAUUGAAAUCCAUAACAGCAAAAGAGAUUUUCAUCACCCGUACACGCCCUAUCCGAUCCAGGAAACUUUCAUGCAAACGGUGUGGGAGGUAUUGGAAGAGGGGAAGAUUGGAAUUUUGGAGAGUCCGACGGGGACGGGGAAGAGCUUGAGUUUGAUUUGUGGGGGGGUGACGUGGUUGAGGGGGUGGAAGGGGAGGGUUUUUGAGGGGGUGGUUGAGGGGGGUGGGGGUGGGGACGGCUUAGCAAGCUCGACAGAACCGAAGUGGGUGAUUGAGGCGGCGAGGGAGAGGAGGAAAAGGGAGUUGGUUUCGAGGAGGGAGGAGAUGGAGAGGAGGUUGGAGAGGAUUAGAGAGAAAGAGAGGAAGGAGAGGGAUAGGAUGAAUGGGAAAGGUGAUGGGAGGAGUGGGAAGAGAAGGAAGAUUGGGGGAGAUGAAGAUGGGGAUAUGAAGGGAGAGAGUGCUGGUGGGAAUGAAGACGAGUUUCUAUUAGAGGAUUGGGAUAGUGAUGGGGAGGCUGGUGGUAGUGGGAAGAGAGGAACGGGAGAUGAGACUAUUUUCUCGAAAGAAACGUUGGAGUUGAAGAAGAGCGUUGGGUUGUGGAGUAAAGGAGUAGAAGAUGAAGAUGAGGAACCAGACGAUGAGAUAAAGAUAUUCUACUGUUCGAGAACUCACUCUCAAUUAACUCAAUUUAUCAACGAACUCCGACGAGUAGAAUUCCCACCAUCUAUACCUCCAUCAGACACACCCUCGAAAUCAUCAGGCGAAAAGAAAGAACCCCUCCACGAACACCUCAAGCAUCUAACCCUCGGUUCCCGCAAAAAUCUCUGCAUAAACCCCAAAGUUAAUAAACUCAACUCCGUAACCGCAAUCAACGAACGUUGCGCUGAACUCCAACAAUCUUCAACCCCCAAAGAACAAAAAUGUCCUCAUCUACCCAACAAAGAUAACAAACCCCUCAUCAACACCUUUCGCGAUCACACACUCGCUACGAUCCGCGAUAUCGAAGAUAUGGGUUCUCUGGGGAAAGAAAUCUCAAUCUGUCCAUACUAUGCCUCGAGAGCUGCCAUCAAACCCGCGGAAGUAGUCACAUUGCCUUACCCGUUGCUUUUGCAGAAGAGCGCGAGGGAAGCGCUGGGGAUUAGUUUGAAGGGACAUGUGGUUAUUAUUGAUGAGGCGCAUAAUUUGAUGGAUGCGAUUGCGGGGAUCUAUGGGACGGAGAUGGAGUUGGGGGAGUUGAGGUUGGCGAAGGAAAUGUUGGGGAAUUAUUUUAGGAAGUUUGCGAAGAGGUUGGGGGGGAAGAAUAGGAUUUAUGUGGCGCAGACGAUUAGGGUGGUGGAUAGUUUGGUGGGUUGUUUGGUGAGGAUGUUGGAGGGGUCGGCAAUAGAUGGAGUAGUCUCUCAAAAAGAUCUCCUAUCCGGAAAAGGAGCCGAUCAAAUCGAUCUUUUCAAACUAAUCCGCUAUCUCCAAGAAAGUAAACUAGCACGCAAAGUCGAAUCCUACACCGACCACAUCCGAACAUCACAACCCCAACCACAAACCUCGAUCUCCACAUCCAAACCCAAAGAUCCCCCCAAAUCAACCCCUAUUCUACAUACCCUAACAUCUCUCCUCCUCGCCCUCACCCACCCCACAUCCGAAGGCCAACUCUUCUUCCUCAAACACGAUACCGACAUUACUCUCAAAUUCCAACUCCUCAACCCGGCCAUCCACUUCGACUCUAUCGUAUCCUCCGCCCGCGCCGUCAUCCUCGCAGGUGGAACCAUGUCCCCCUUCUCAGAUUACACCUCUAUCCUCUUUCCCUCCAUUCCCGCCCACAAAAUCACCACUCUCUCCUGCGGCCACGUCAUCCCAUCCAGCAACCUCUUCGCGAGUGUCGUCUCCAAAGGCCCCACGGGAUACCCCUUCAAGUGGACGUAUGAAAACCGCGCGAAUGCGGAGAUGAUGGAUGAGUUGGGGAGAGUCUUGGUGAAUGUCUGUACGGUUGUUCCUGGGGGCGUGGUGGUUUUCUUCCCCAGUUAUAGGGUUUUGGAUACAAUUCUGGCGAGGUUUGCAGUUGUGAGUCAUAAUCAUAGUAGUAAUGGUAUUCAUAGUAGUAAACCCAAAUCCAUCCUCCAGAGAUUAGAAGAAAAGAAAACGGUAGUGCGGGAAGCGAAAGAGGAAAGUGUGGAAGAGAUACUGAGGAGAUAUGGAAAGGCGAUCGAAGAGGGAAAGGGAGGGUUACUUUUCAGUGUUGUGGGGGGAAAAUUGAGCGAGGGGAUUAAUUUCUCGGAUGAGUUGGGGAGAGCGGUGGUGAUUGUCGGAUUGCCGUUUCCGAAUGCGAGGACGGCGGAGUGGAGGAGACGGUUGAGGUUUGUGGAGGAGAGUGCUGUUAAGCGGUUAUCGGGCGAUUAUUCGAUUUCCUCUUCUUUGACGAGGUUGGAACACGGAGAGAACGAAAAUAAAAAUGGGGAGACGGGAAAGAGGGAAGGAAAUGCGGGAAUCGAAAUUCAAAUCCCGAAAGAGGUCAGAGAAGAAAUCGCCUACAAAGCAAAAGAAGAAGCGAAGGAGUUCUUUGAGAAUGUGUGUAUGCGAGCGGUGAAUCAGAGUGUGGGUAGGGCGAUAAGACAUAAAGGGGAUUGGGCGGGGAUUUUGAUGGUGGAUGAGAGAUUUAGGGGGAGAGGGUGA